AUGGCCGACGAGCUUCUCCAGCAAGCUCAAGAGCUCUUGGAAGGACAGAUUGAUUUCGAAGGCCAAAAGCAAACCGAGCUCAUUUCCAGCGUCCUUCUAGCUGUCUCCGCUCUCUUCGCAUUCAUACUCGGCUUCGCCCUGCAGAACAUCUACGUUACUCUCUGGACUGGCCUUGGGGGUGCCGCAUUAGCAUUCCUCGUGGUGGUACCGCCCUAUCCUUUCUACAACAAGUCGCCCGAGAGAUGGUUACCAAGCGGUAGUGGGAUGGCAGGGUCGGGGAUCGAGAUCGAUGGGAAGAAGAUAAAUUAG